CAGAUUCCUGUCAGCGGCGGCGGCGGCGGUGGCGGCGACCGUCAGUUUUCGCUGAGGAGAAGCACGAAACGGACCCGUUGGCUCUCCCCCCCUCCCCUUCCCCGCUCUGAACUCUCUCCUUGCUCGCCGGGAAUCAGUCCCCGUGGAGUUUCCCUCCAUUCCGUCGCCGUUUCGUCGGUCCUUGGCCCGGUGGAAGUCACUGCCCUCGAGGAGGAGGCAGCAGUAGCAGCCGCCCUCGCCUCGCCGCCCCCGGUUCGGUGCCCGCGGUCCCGGAGAGGAGGUGCCGCCGCCACCGCCGCUCCCCCCCUCCCGCUGCCCUCGGGCCGGGCAGGGUCGAGCUGCGAUGCCCUCGGACUUCAUCUCAUUGCUCAGCGCGGACCUAGACCUGGAAUCGCCCAAGUCCCUUUACUCGCGAGAUUCUCAGAAGUUACACCCAUCACAGAAUUUUCAUAGAGUUGGACUAUUGGAAGAAUCUGUCUAUGAUCUUCUCCCAAAGGAGUUACAGUUACCUCCAUCUAGUGAAACAUCUGUAGCAUCAAUGAGUCAGACAAGCGGUGGUGAGGCAGGCUCGCCUCCUCCAGCUGUAGUUGCUGCUGAUGCUUCUUCAGCUCCCUCCUCUUCCUCCAUGGGCGGUGCUUGCAGCUCCUUUACCACCUCUUCCAGCCCUACCAUUUAUUCUACCUCAGUCACCGACAGCAAGGCUAUGCAAGUGGAGAGCUGCUCCUCAGCCGUGGGGGUAAGUAACAGAGGGGUAAGUGAAAAGCAGUUAACCAGUAACACAGUUCAGCAGCAUCCAUCAACCCCGAAGAGGCACACAGUUUUGUACAUCUCACCACCACCUGAGGACUUGCUGGAUAACAGUCGGAUGUCCUGCCAGGAUGAGGGGUGUGGAUUGGAAUCUGAGCAGAGCUGCAGUAUGUGGAUGGAGGAUUCCCCCUCCAACUUCAGUAACAUGAGCACCAGUUCCUACAAUGAUAACACUGAGGUACCUCGUAAAUCACGAAAACGAAAUCCAAAGCAGAGGCCGGGGGUCAAACGACGAGAUUGUGAAGAAUCUAAUAUGGAUAUAUUUGAUGCCGACAGUGCCAAAGCACCUCACUAUGUGCUUUCUCAGCUUACCACGGACAACAAAGGCAACUCAAAAGCUGGAAAUGGAACAUUGGACAACCAAAAAGGAACUGGAGUAAAGAAGAGCCCUAUGUUGUGUGGACAGUAUCCGGUUAAAAGUGAGGGAAAGGAGCUGAAGAUAGUUGUACAACCUGAGACCCAGCACCGAGCUCGGUACCUGACUGAGGGCAGUCGUGGCUCAGUAAAAGAUAGAACGCAGCAAGGCUUUCCUACAGUAAAGCUGGAAGGCCAUAAUGAACCAGUAGUGUUGCAGGUGUUUGUGGGCAAUGACUCUGGUCGAGUGAAACCACAUGGAUUUUAUCAGGCCUGCAGGGUAACUGGACGAAAUACAACUCCCUGCAAAGAAGUGGACAUUGAAGGCACCACUGUUAUAGAAGUUGGCCUGGAUCCUAGCAACAACAUGACACUGGCGGUGGACUGUGUAGGAAUUUUGAAGUUGAGGAAUGCUGAUGUUGAAGCCAGAAUAGGAAUUGCUGGUUCCAAGAAAAAAAGCACUCGUGCCAGAUUGGUUUUUCGAGUUAAUAUCACAAGGAAAGAUGGCUCCACUUUGACAUUGCAAACACCCUCUUCUCCGAUUUUGUGUACUCAACCAGCAGGAGUGCCAGAGAUCUUAAAAAAAAGCUUGCAUAGCUGUUCGGUGAAAGGGGAGGAAGAAGUGUUUUUAAUUGGCAAGAACUUUCUGAAAGGCACUAAAGUUAUUUUCCAAGAAAAUAUUUCUGAUGAAAACUCUUGGAAAUCAGAAGCUGAAAUUGACAUGGAAUUGUUUCAUCAGAACCAUCUUAUUGUGAAGGUUCCCCCAUAUCAUGACCAACAUAUAACUUUGCCUGUAUCAGUGGGGAUAUAUGUAGUGACCAAUGCUGGAAGAUCCCAUGAUGUUCAGCCAUUCACCUACACUCCAGAUCCAGCAGCUGGUGCUUUGAAUGUCAAUGUGAAGAAAGAAAUAUCUAGUCCAGCAAGACCUUGCUCUUUUGAAGAGGCCAUGAAAGCAAUGAAAACUACCGGGUGUAACUUAGAUAAGGUAAAUAUUCUUCCUAAUGCCCUCAUCACUCCACUCAUAUCAAGCAGUAUGAUUAAAAGUGAAGAUGUUACUCCAAUGGAAGUAACAGCAGAAAAAAGAUCUUCCCCUAUUUUUAAGACUACAAAGACAGUUGGAUCAACUCAGCAAACUUUAGAAAAUAUCUCUAACAUAGCAGGAAAUGGGUCCUUUUCAUCACCAUCAUCUUCCCACUUACCUUCUGAGAAUGAAAAGCAGCAACUUCAGCCCAAGGCAUACAACCCAGAGAAUCUGACAACUAUCCAAACACAGGACAUCUCACAGCCUGGGACCUUUCCAGCAGUUUCUGCUACUAGUCAGCUGCCCAGCAGUGAUGCACUACUACAGCAGGCUACACAAUUUCAGACAAGAGAAACUCAGUCUAGAGAAGUAUUACAGUCAGAUGGUACCGUAGUUAAUUUGUCACAACUUACUGAGGCGUCACAACAACAGCAGCAGUCACCACUGCAAGAACAAGCACAGACUUUACAGCAGCAGAUUUCAUCAAAUAUUUUUCCAUCACCAAAUAGUGUGAGUCAGCUACAGAAUACUAUUCAGCAGUUGCAAGCAGGAAGUUUUACAGGAAGUACUACUAGUGGCAGCAGUGGAAGUGUUGACUUGGUCCAGCAAGUUUUAGAGGCACAACAACAGUUAUCUUCAGUUUUAUUUUCUGCUCCAGAUGGUAAUGAGAAUGUUCAAGAACAGCUUAGUGCAGACAUUUUUCAACAAGUCAGUCAAAUUCAAAAUAGCGUAAGCCCUGGGAUGUUUUCCUCAACAGAGUCCACAGUCCACACCAGGCCCGAUAAUUUAAUACCUGGAAGAGCUGAAAGUGUUCAUCCACAGACUGAAAACACGUUGUCAAAUCAACAACAGCAACAACAGCAACAGCAAGUGAUGGAAUCAUCAGCUGCAAUGGUGAUGGAAAUGCAGCAGAGUAUUUGCCAGGCAGCUGCCCAGAUUCAGUCAGAAUUAUUCCCUUCAACAGCUUCAGCAAAUGGAAACCUUCAGCAGUCACCAGUUUACCAGCAGCCUUCUCACAUGAUGAGUGCACUGUCUACCAGUGAGGACAUGCAAAUGCAGUGUGAAUUAUUUUCUUCUCCUCCUGCAGUUUCUGGAAAUGAAACUUCUACAACCACCACACAGCAGGUUGCAACCCCUGGCACUACCAUGUUUCAGACAUCAAGUUCAGGAGAUGGUGAAGAAGCUGGAGCACAGACAAAACAGAUUCAGAACAGUGUCUUUCAGACCAUGGUCCAAAUGCAGCAUAGCGGGGACAGUCAACCUCAAGUUAACCUUUUUUCAUCUACAAAAAGUAUGAUGAGUGUUCAGAAUAGUGGUACCCAGCAACAAGGUAAUGGUUUAUUCCAGCAAGGGAAUGAGAUGAUGUCACUUCAGUCUGGGAAUUUUCUGCAGCAGUCUUCUCAUUCACAGGCUCAACUUUUUCAUCCUCAGAAUCCUAUUGCUGAUGCUCAAAACCUUUCCCAGGAAACUCAAGGUUCUAUUUUUCAUAGUCCAAAUCCUAUUGUCCACAGUCAGACUUCUACAACUUCCUCUGAACAAAUGCAGUCUCCAAUGUUUCACUCUCAAAGUACUAUCGCUGUGUUACAGGGCUCUUCAGUUCCACAAGACCAGCAAUCACCCAACAUAUUUCUUUCCCAAAGUCCUAUGAAUAAUCUUCAAACUAACACAGUGUCCCAAGAAGAGCAGAUUUCAUUUUUUGCAGCACAGAACUCUAUUUCUUCUCUUCAGUCAACCUCAAACACUGAACAGCAAGCUGCUUUCCAACAGCAGGCUUCCAUAUCACAUAUCCAAACCCCUCUGCUUUCCCAAGAACAGGCACAACCUUCCCAGCAAGGUUUGUUUCAGCCUCAGGUGUCCCUGGGCUCCCUUCCACCUAAUCCAAUGCCUCAAAAUCAACAAGGAACAAUUUUCCAGUCACAGCACUCAAUAGUUGCCAUGCAGAAUAACUCUCCAUCCCAGGAGCAGCAGCAGCAGCAGCAGCAGCAACAGCAACAGCAGCAACAGCAGCAGAGCAUUUUAUUCAGUAAUCAGAAUACUAUGGCUACAAUGACAUCUCAAAAGCAACCACCACCAAACAUGAUAUUCAACCCAAAUCAAAAUCCAAUGGCUAGUCAGGAACAACAGAACCAGUCAAUUUUUCACCAACAGAGUAAUAUGGCCCCAAUGAAUCAAGAACAGCAGCCCAUGCAAUUUCAGAAUCAGCCCACAGUUUCUUCACUUCAGAACCCAGGUCCUACCCAAUCAGAGUCAUCACAGACCUCCUUGUUCCAUAGCUCUCCUCAGAUUCAGUUGGUACAAGGGUCACCUACUUCUCAAGAGCAGCAAGUAACACUCUUCCUAUCUCCAGCAUCCAUGUCUGCAUUGCAGACCAGUAUAAACCAACAAGAAAUGCAGCAGUCUCCUCUCUAUUCCCCUCAAAACAACAUGCCUGGAAUCCAAGGAGCCACAUCUUCACCUCAGUCACAAGCUACUUUAUUUCACAACACUGCAGGAGGUACAAUGAACCAAUUACAGAAUUCUCCUGGCUCAUCUCAGCAGACUUCAGGAAUGUUCCUGUUUGGCAUUCAAAAUAACUGUAGUCAGCUUUUAACCUCUGGACCAGCUACAUUGCCAGAUCAGUUGAUGGCCAUAAGUCAGCCAGGCCAACCACAAAACGAGGGACAGUCACCUGUGACAACACUUCUUUCUCAGCAAAUGCCAGAGAGUUCUCCACUGGCAUCCUCUAUAAAUACCAACCAGAAUAUGGAAAAGAUCGAUUUGCUUGUUUCAUUACAAAACCAAGGGAACAACUUGACUGGCUCCUUUUAACUGGAUAUAAAUUCCAUGAAGAAAACCAUGAUUCCAAGAUGUCCUGCAAACUUGUAGUUUCUUGAAGAUUACUAAACUGUUACUUUCAAAACAAAACAAUAUGAAAAACUGUACUUGAGUAAAUGGAUAGAUUUUACUCUGACUGCAAAAGAGCACACCUAUGCUACCUGUUGCAGUGAUUAGCCACCCAAUGUUAUUAACAUCUUAUUUUUUGUUCCUGAUAACAAUGAUAACUGAGAAUCUAUUCGAGUUUCCAGCUGUUAAGAGAGUACAAUUUAAAUUCAAGACUGGACCACUCAGUUAUUAUUGCUAUUAGGAAAUAAUAAUUGUCAUGUUUACUUUUGUUCCUCAUUAUUUUCCUCCUGCAUUAUUUUAGUUAAGUAAUGGCUUAUGAAAAAGUAAAAUUCAAUAAUAACAAAGGCUGUGAUUUUUUUUCAAUAUAAAAAGCACAGCUGGUGGCCAAAGUGAAGAAAUCUUUUUCAGUUUUUAUAAAGAAACUGAAGGGGUAUCAUUCUGACUAGUAAGGUGUAUUAAGAACUCUACAGAUAAGAGGACUUGAUUAAAAGCAAAGGCAGAUUAACACACAAAACGGGACAGCUGGAAUGCUAUUGGUUUUAUUUUUCAAAGAGUUGUUAGUUCUUUGUGUUUCUACUAAGGGCAAAGUUUAGCCAUAACUGCAUAGAAGAAUCAUUAUUUUGCUCUGUGAGAAAUGAAGGGGGUAAUAUAUGAUAAUAUAUAGUCUAAUAUCCUCCUAUAGUAGUUUAAACUGACAGAGUCAUUUGAAUCUUCUUAAUCCAGUCUUAGGCUGGCAUUUCCUUUUUAUAUGCAUCUAUAUUAUUUUCCACCUCAUGUUCACUUUAUUUUAGAUAACUGUUAAUAUACUACUGGCUUUGUGACCCUGUAGCAACUUAAAGGAAAAGGCCAUUUUGAUCCAGGGUGACGUAGCAAUCCUGCAGCACAGGGCAAGGAGUUCUCUUUUAGAAUUUAUGGGAAAUUGAUUCCUGAGAAAACAAUGUGGGGUUUUUGUUGUUGUUUUUUUGUUUUUUCCAUGAACGGUGCUGUUCUGAAGUCUUUAAAAUUUUCCCUCUAAUAGAAAACUGAAUAAAUUUUCAUUUACCAAAAAAAAAAAAAAAAAAAAAAAAGGCAAACUAAAAUUUCUUGAAACAUUACUUCUCCCUGAGCUGCAGUGAGUAUAUUCACUUGUCACCUCAGUGCUUUACUGUUUGAAAAUGGUCACUUACCUGAUGGUUCCCACAAGCCUUAGGCUUUACAGGGUCAUAUCAUUGACUUAAAAUGAAGAAUUAACUCGUGUUACAUCUAUAAAGAGCAAAAUAACACACUCCAGAACUUGCAGUUGUAGCAUUAGUUAUACAGUUUUGGGUGUUCUUGCCACCCAUGGGAUGCCUGCUUCUACCACCUGUGUCUGGACACGUGCUUAUGUCUCAUUUUCCUUUUGGCUUGUGGAAAGCUGUCAAUGCAGUGUAAGGCCAACGUGUGUGUGGCUUCUGUGUGUUGAUGUGUUUUGGUAUCCUUGUUUAUUUCUUUUAAGUGUACAAAAAAAUAGCCUGUUAAUUGUUUUUGAAGGCUACUUUUCUGUUCAUUCUUUUUCUAUCCUGUACAUUUAUUUGAACUGUGGAAUCGUGGUGUUUGGUUUUGUUUAUACAGCCAAAUUUCUCACCCCUUUUUGUGAUGGUCUUUCUUUGUUCUUUGAAUGUGCUCUUCUAAUUUGUUUUUUCCUCUUAUUCUCAUAUUCUUUCUUCCACCCCCAACCCUUUCUUUCUUUCUCUUCUCUCUCUGAUUGAGAGGCAUUGAAUUACGUUUUCAGUAGUACAGGCUUCUUGCCGAUAUGAAGGGAACUUUUCAGAAAGAGACCUACUCUGGGUCAUUUAAUUUUGAAUACAGUUUUCAAUCGUUCAAGUUUUGGAUGGUUUAUAUCUAAUGUGUGUUUCAUUUUUUUGGAAAGCUAUAUUUUGUAUUUAGGAAAUGGUAUACUAUUUUGCUAUUUGUACUGAGUGAGUACAUUGGCAUAAAUAUAGAAAUUUAUAUAUAUACAUAUAUAUAAACUAUUCUUUUUUUGCCACACAUUUUUGUGGUCAAUUUGUGAGUUUGUCUGAUGUUCUACCACAACGUGGCGUCUGAUAACAGUGAGGGGGGGUUUGUUAUGUCUUUAUUGAGAUAUUUAAGUACCUUUUGAAACAAAUGACCUGUUCAUCUGUAGCCAUUCCAUCAGGCAGUUCCUUGAUGUUAUUAGUGGGCUAAAGGCAGCUAGCUUACUGUGUGUUUGCUGGUCUCAGCAAAAUGUUAAAGAGUAAGGAAACCUAUUGAGGCAGUUGUGUCAAAUGGUGUUUCACAAGAAUGAGCCAUUCAGUCUUUGCUCACUAUAUAUUUAAUAUUUUAUUAUUGUUCUUAUUGUUAUUAUUAAUUGGCUUUCUGUAUUCUAUGCCUUUUAUUUAUAAAAACACUAAAAAAAUCAUGUUUGUAAUUUUAAUAACAUUUUCCCCAUCUUGUAAUAUCCAGAGCUACUUUAUAAAUUCUCUGAACCAAAAGUAUUUUCCUCAAUAUAUCUCUGUUCCCCAGGUCCCUAUCAGGAGUAAAUUACCAAAUAUAGUUCAGGUUGUGAGAAGGAUCAACCACACAAUCCAGUGCUUGUUUUAAAAUGCAAAACUCUAACCCUAGAGGGUAAUGUCAGAGAAAGCAAACUCAGAGUUAUUAAAAGAAGAAAUUUAAAAACACAAUAGUAGUAGAAAUUUUUUUUAAAAAUGUUUACUUCUCAAUAUUGUGAAUUUUUUUCUGAGAUCAUGUAGGAGACUUAGGAAGUCUAUUUGUUCACAAAGUUCCCAUUGGAAUGCUCGUUAAUACUUUACCAUGGCUGAAGUAGUGGCAAAAAGGCAGGCUUGUGUGGUGACUUUAGUCUCUUCUGUGGUUUAGCAGAAGUUUAUCCUUACUUACGCUGAUUGGCAAUGCCAAGUCACUGGGACCAAUUUUCUGUUUUGUAAUAUCUAAGUUUAGAACAGAACAUAAACCUGAACUGUAGUGGUUUGAUUGGAUGAAGGCAGAAACCCCAAUUUUUAUUCUCAUAAAUUUUGUGGUUAUUUAUACAAGGGCUGUGCUAUGCUACUAUAUUCUUAAUCAAUAAUGAUAGUUGUUUUGUUUUGUUUUGUUUUUUACAUUGUUAAAUGUUCCUUACCCCUAAAGGUCAAUGUUAAGUACAACAUUCUGAAUAUAGAUUUGGUUACAAAGAGUAUUUGUCUUUAUUGAAGAGUUAGCUCAGUGGUUGAUAAUGUGUGCUAAUUACUGUUUCCAAAUUACUGUUACAAAUUAGAGCUAUAUAGGAGAGAGACUCAGUAAGCCAGCAAAGACCUUGGAAAAAAACAAUUUAUUAAAUUUAUUUAUGGCAGAAGGACCUAAAAUAAACUGUGAACCACAUUUUAUUUCUUUGUUUUGGUACAUUAAAUUGUUCUUGUUUUUAGCAAUUCACAUAAAUGCUUGGAGCUUAUCUAUCUCUCUCUCCCCCGCCUUCUCUUUCUGUGUGUGUUAUUCCUUAUUAUCAUUCCAUUAUGUAUCCAAACCAAUGAGAGAAAAUAAUUAAUAGUUAUACUUUGCUUCUGAGCUUGAUCAUAUUACCUUUGUGAUUAGAGUAUCAUGUUAUUUAGUCUGCAAAUCUAUUGUCAGUCUUCCUAGAACAGGUUUUUAAAGGGCUUUGUUUAUUAUAGAGGCAGUAUUAGUGAGAGAUCAUCCUUCUCUCCUUCCAUCCUUUUUUUUUUUUUUUUGUAAUAUCAUAUGUGCUAUAGUCUAGAAUUUCAUUACAAGUGCAUUUAUUGCCCAUCAGAACCUUGGCUAAUCAACCUGGGGAAAAUACUGUCAAAGGAAAUGAGGAAGAAGUUGUAUCUAUGUCCCUCUAGAACUACUAUAAUAAUUCCUUUUGAUCUUUUCAGCCAUUAUAAAUGCUUGUUUUGGAAAAAUGAAAUCCAUUAGAUACAUCAACAAAUAAGGACAGAAUAAAAUGAUUUAAUAAUUCUUAAAUUCAGCAUAGUUAUAAAUAUUUACUAGGAAUAAUCUGAAUUUUUAAUUUUUCUGGUGAAAAUUCUAUUCUGAUAUCUAUUUCCUAAUUGAUUGAAAGUUACAUGAAACCUGUUAGCUUUGUUCUGCAUCUUGAACAUAGGUUUCAUCCUUAAUGGUCAUCUUAUAUCUGCAGGCUUUUGGUUAUUUGGAAGAACUCAGUGAAAGCAAGUGUGCGUAAUUCAGCAGAUACAUUAGAAAACUAACUCAACAGCCAAGGGUGUAACUCAGUGGUAGCAUGUGAGAGGUCCUGGACUUGAUCCCCAGCAUCACCAGAAAAAAAAGAACUCAGAGUAUAUACACCAGUAAGAUGAUUAGUAGAAUCUCAUCAUAUAUUUAACAGAGGUUUUCCCUUCUGCCUGUUUGUGUCGUAAGAGCUAAAUUGCUUGUAAUGUUCAUAACAUAGUAAAUGUCAAAAUAAUAUCUACAAUAUCACUUGUAAGUUAUCUCAGUACUCUAGUUAUUUUUCAGAUAUAUUCAUUUCAUGCCAUUCUAAGCCUUGUUUAUUGAUAAAAUUCUGUUUUUACUCUACUUGCUAUUACAGAAUAUUUUUACAUUAAUAUUUUGUAUCUAGAUUAAAUGUUUAUGGAAAAGUGCCUUUUUUACCUUAAGAGUGCCCCCUUCGUAUAACUCUUAUUUUUCUUUUGCCAGAAAUAUGUAAACACCUGACUUUAAUAGGUCCCAACUUUCACUUUUUCCAUUUAGCCAUUCUUUCCUACAUUUUUUGACCACCAUAGAAAAUAACUUCAUAAAUUCCUUUGUCUUCAGAAUAGCAGAAAGGGUGGCAUUACUGGAAUUGCUAUCUAUGAGACUCCAUAUGCACAAAUGUGUAUAGUUAAAAUUUCAAGAAGGAACUAUUUAAACAUCUUCUCUGAUCUUAAUUAGGUGAUGAAAUAAAAUCACUAAAACAGAGGUUGGGUAAUGUCAAUUUUCUUAACUAAGCAGCAAAGUAGUUUACUUCUUGCCCAUCAGAACCUCAGUUAAUUUGCUCAAGUAAACUAGUGUCAAAAGAAAUGAUCUGAGUUCCUUCGGACCUAAGAUGAUAAUUCCUUCCUGCAAGAUACAGUUGAAUUGAGUGUCCUGGUUUUUGUUAAUUUUACUUCUGUUUCAGCUCCUUACCAUGGGGUGGUGUUUGAAGAAGGGGCCAUCAGCAACAGGUCAGGAGAGAAGUACCUUUGAAGUAGAGCUGCUUUCCCCAUCCUGGUAUUUUUGUGACUGUUAGUGGCACUGAAGACUGCAAACCUUUUUGCAGUAUUCUUAAUGCCCUAUUGACAUUAUGCACUUUAAUCAUUCCAAAGAAGCCAAGAAUGCUCCAUAGUAAUGAUUCCUUCUUAAUGAAUACAUCUUAACUACUCAGAAUACUCUGUCCCUUUUGACUUUGAAUAGCUGACUUGGUAUAAGUAUUGUGGAGAUUUUCCAAAUUGACUUUAUAGUAGGUUUUAAGAUUUUGAAAUGUAAUUAACUAUUAAGGGAAAAUUAUUAUACUUUAGCACAUCACUUUAGAAACCUUAAAAUGUUUAGCUUGCUAAUCUGUUUGAGAGUUAAUUAAAACUGAAACUAACCCCCUUCCUGUAUAUUUUGUGUUACGUAUAUAAGAAUAUUUUAGUGUAUAGUUUUCUACAUGUAUAGUUUAUGUAAAACUAGUGGUUCUCAAAAUGUAGUUCUCAGCCCACCAGCUAGCAUCAGUAUCAGUAGGAAACUAAUUGGAAAUGUACAUUUUUGAGCUUUAACCCAGACAUACUGAAUCAGGAAUUCUGGAAUGGAGCCCAGCAGUCUAUAACAAGCCAUCCCAGUGAUUCUUGAUGCACACUAUAAAGUUUGAGAACCAGUGGUAUAAACUAUUUCUAGUGAGAGCAAGAAAGUUUAUUUUCCCACUCAUAAAUUUAUACAUCAUUAUUAUUUGUGUAAAUUCAGCUUAACAUGAUUACCUAUUAUCAUUUAUUGGCAAUGAUGAUUCUCAGUAUUGCCUAUAAAAUAUGCAUAUUUUAUGUACAUAUGCAACUAGUAUAGUAAUUGAUAAUUCAGUUAACUUAGUUUUGCAUUUUCCUACCACUUACCAAAAAGUUUACAUUAAAUGACUGAUUUAAAUAUACAGGUGCAGUGUUCUAUAUUUCUUUUUAAUUGUUAUGACAUUUAAGUAGCUAAAAUAAUUGAUGGGUGCUAAAGUCUUCUGUUUAUCCAUAAAAUGGGUACAUUGUGGGCAGUGUAAUACAAACUUUAUUUUCAUUGCCUUUUACUUUACCAGCAAAUCACAAUUUUGCUCUGGCUAGACCAACUAACUCUCUGAACAAAAUUAUCAUUCCUUGUUACAUUUGUAUCUGAGAUAGUAAAUAAGAUGGCUGGCCAGAUCAACAUAGCACCUUAUUUAACUUGUAAUAAGUAAAACUUCUUUAAAAGUAGCUUGCUUGGUAUAAGAAUAUUACAUUAAAGACUUAGCUAUUCUUGGAGCUUAUGCUUCAGGUAAGAGUUAUUUACUAAGAUAAAUAUUAAACAAAAUAACAUUAUAUAAUUUGGGCAUUUCUCCCUUCUCAGUUGUAUGCAUCGUGUUAAAUAUGAACUAACACAAGAUAAGUAGACAUUUGUUUUUAUUUCCUUGUGUAAUUCAGUACCUCCACAAUUAUUCUAAUCUCACCGUUUAAAAAUCACCAAUUAAUUAAUUCAUGAAACAAAAAUUCACUUUUCAGAAUAAAAAUAAAUGUGUACUCACUUCUAAAAAUCGCCACUGCUAUCUUUCUGUUAUACUAGCAGUGGAAGCAAAGUGGCUUACUCUAACACACUGGUGCUGGCAAACACAUAGGCUGUUGGGAGAUGCUCUGGUUACAUUCCUCCUUUAUUAUUCCCCACCUUAUUGCAUAAUGUAUUCUUAUGCCCAAAGCAUUCUGUCACAAUUCUGUUCAACCCCAAUUUGUAAUACCUCCUUUAAAGAUGUGUUUAACCAUAUCAUCCCACUUGCUCUCUCACAUCGGUUCACGUAAACACACCCCACCCAGAAGACAUGCCUGGUUUUAGGGACUGCUUGCUGCUGCUGCUUACUUUAGCUAAUGAACCUCAGGACAACACAUACACACACACACACACACACACACACACACACACACACACAUCUCAGAUAUUUGAAAGUGGGUUUGGAAUCAAUUCUGUGUCCAAUAAAGAACUGUCCUGCACUGAAGUCAUUGUGACCUUACUAGUUACAAACUGAU